AUGCAUGAGAAGAACAUCCUUCAGUCAACUGUUGAUGGCUUGAUGUGCAGUGCAUCGGCGGUGGCAACCCUGGUGUUAAUCCUCGCUAUGGUGCUGACUGGUCAGGCUCCUAGCCCUGUUAAAAUUUUCGUGCUCCUUUCUUAUGUCAGUGUUCUCGUGAGAAAUAUCAACCUUGGACUGGCUAAUACCUUUUUUUUAGUUUACGAAGGUUAUGUUUCGCUGGGUAGAAUCGAAGAGUUUCUUCUCUUAGAAACACUGCCCCAAAGUUCCGGUGAAGUGCGAGAAGGGAGCAGAGGUGACCCAAAGAUUAGUUUAGUCAAACCGGAGAAAAAAGAGCAGGUCUCCAUUGCUGCCGAAUCGAGAGAUUUUAUUGGGUCGCUAUCUUUGCGUGUGUCAAAUUUAACAUACAAGGGAACUGAUCGCGAACAUGAAUAUAUUCUUCAGGACAUCGAGUUUGUCACUGCUUCAAAGAGUUUAACAUUGAUAACGGGGCGAGUGGGUAGUGGAAAAUCCACUCUUCUUGCAACUAUCGCUGGAGAAAUCACACCUACGAGUGGAACUGUAACCAGCCAAGGUAUGAUCAUUUAUUUGCCUCAAAAUGCCUGGAUUUUUUCUGGAACGAUAAGAGACAACAUCUUGUUCGGUUUGCCAUACGAAGAAUUCAAAUACGCUCGAAUAGUCGAGGCCUGCGCUCUCAGAGAAGAUAUUCAGCGGUUUCCCGACGGUGACCAAACAAUUGUUGGAGAACGUGGUGAAGUUUUGAGUGGAGGACAGCAGGCGAGAGUGAGUUUAGCUCGUGCAGUCUACGCUGAUGGAGAUAUCUAUUUAUUGGAUGAUCCGCUCAGUGCUGUUGACUUUAAAGUCGGGCAACACAUCUUUGACAAAUGCAUCAAAGGCAUGCUAAGCGUCAAAACCUGUCUCAUAGUUUCUUACCAAGAACAGCACAUGAAGGAUGCCGAUGAAGUGAUUGUGAUGUAUAAGGAGAGUGUGCUGGAAAAGGGACGUUUCACUGAACUACAAGAAAAGAGUGUCCUAGGUGCAACCUUUGAGCCGCUCUCUAAAACAUCUCUGAAUGAUGAUGCUGGUUUCAACGAAUCCGCUGGCUGGGGGAUUGGUGAAACAUACGAGGAAGCUGAUAAAUGUGCGAAAAUAAAGCCUCUUCUCAGUGAAGGGAAGAGUCUUGAGAUUGCACAAGAAGAUCGGGUGAUUGGAGAAGUUACAGCGAAGCUCUACUGGGACUACUUCAGAAGUGGAGUACAUCCUUUGGUGAUUAUCAUGAUGAUCUGUUUCUGUCUCAUCACCCAAGGUAGAUCAAACGUCUUGUUUGAGCAAACCUUGAAAGCCACAGUUUUUUAA